GUGAAAACGUUUUUUUUCUCACCUCAGUCUUAAAUGGCCUCCCCUUUAUUCUAAGACUGUGGCCCCUGGUUCUGUACUCACCCAACAUUGGGAACAUUUUUCCUGCAUCUAGCUUGUCCAGUCCUUUUAUAAUGUUAUAUGUUUCUAUAAGAAUCCUCCUCAUCCUUCUAAACUCCAGUGAAUUCCUGAUUAAAUAUGACAGUGAUUGAGAUAUAGAUUGCACUGUAUUGCACUAAACAUUAACCAUUCAAGAAUGCCAAAUCAGGAACUCUCAACUCGGCCUUGGGAAGCUACCCCUCUUCAUUUGAAUUCGGAAAUUAAAUGAAAAUCGCGAAGUAUAGCUUUCCAAAUGAUAACCUAGGCAGCCUCAUAACUCCAGUGUCCCUCUCCCCUGGCUCUCAGUCUGAAGGAAGACGGGUCUCGACCCGAAACGUCACCUAUUUCUUUUCUCCAGAGAUGCUGCCUGUCCCGCUGAGUUUAUCCAGCAUUUAGUGUCUCUUUUCCAAACUAUAACAUGGCUUGCUCGUUCCUAGAACGUAUCUAUGGUAUUGGUAAUCUGGGAGAGAGCUGUGAACAUGAAGUACUUAUACUGGCGAUUACAUAGGCUAUGUAUGCGAGUCUCUUUACACGACCUGAUGUAACACACACCAUUGGAUGGGGGAAAUUCGUUUGUUUACGUUGACGCCCACGCCUCUGUACACGUAUUUCAGGUUGUAUUUCGCCCCGGAAUUUUCUUUUCUUCCCUCGUGUCCAUAGUUAAGUGCGUGACUUAAAAAACUCCGCAGCAACAUCAGAUGGAGUGAGAUCCUGGCUGUUGAUGCUGCUGCUGCUGAUGAUGAUGUUCGGAAUCAUUGCCGUUGGGGCGAAAGCCUGCCAGCUCUUAUUGCCCACAACAAAGCUUCUGGCAAUAGCAUCAACCUCUUGUGAACUGAUCCAGAAACCAGCAUAUAGUCCGCUGAGAACAUUUUCUGUAACUCCUCUAUUUGGCAAAAAGGAUGAAGGUUGUGAUAAAGAUCACCCAAGCAACAACCAGGGUAAUCAUCACGAUGGAAUGAAGAUAACGAUUCAACAGUCAAACAGAAAAAAACGUGAUCAAUUACGCUGUCCAAAAUGUGGAAGUAUACAUAUCGAGACAAUUACUUAUGCUGCACCAUUUGUACAAUGCAGUAUAUGUCAACACUUCUUUUUGAUGGUGAAUUCAAAAAAAACUCUUGCAAACAGCUACAAAGAAGUAGAGUUGUGGCAUACAACUAUUAAAAGUGACUGCCAGGUGAAUCUACCCGCACCCAAAGAACUCCAUCGAUUUUUGGAUGAAUAUAUUAUUGGUCAAAACCAAGCAAAGAAAGUUCUCUCGGUAGCUGUCUACAAUCACUAUAAACGACUAAACACCAAUAUUCCACCUGAUGUCACACAGCGCUCUGGGGGUUAUGUUGAUGGCUACUCAAGCUCUCCCAGAGAACUACUGCAUUUAACAGAUUUGAUUCCACCCUCGUCUUAUUUAUCACAACCGGUACUACAGAGAAAUUUUAGGAAGAACCUGGACUCUGUUGAUGAUACUGUUCAAUUGGACAAAAGUAACGUCAUUCUGCUUGGCCCCACAGGCUCAGGAAAAACAUUGUUGGCUCAAACCUUGGCCAAGUGCUUGGAUGUACCAUUUGCAAUCUGUGACUGCACAUGCCUAACACAAUCCGGGUAUGUUGGUGAAGAUAUUGAAUCGGUCAUUGCUAAGCUAUUACAAGAUGCAAAGUUCAAUGUUGCCAGAGCUCAGCAAGGAAUUGUGUUUCUUGACGAAGUGGAUAAGAUUGGAGCAAUUCCAGGAAUACAUCAGCUUCGUGAUGUAGGCGGAGAAGGUGUGCAACAAGGCUUGCUGAAACUGAUAGAGGGAACAAUAGUUAAUGUUCCAGAACGCAGCUCACGGAGAUAUCGUUCCGAGACCAUUCCAGUGGAUACCACCAACAUCCUCUUUGUAGGUUCGGGAGCUUUUAAUGGAUUGGACAGAAUAAUCAGCAGGAGGAGAAACGAAAAAUACCUGGGAUUUGGUACAACAUCUGACUUGAGCGCCCGCCGUCGAGCUGCAGCUGCGGCUGGUCUGGCUAAUUCCUCAGGAUUGAAUACCCAUGAAGAGCUCCAGGAACAAGACAAGUUACUCAAUCAGGUGGAGGCCAAGGACCUAAUCGAAUACGGAAUGAUUCCAGAAUUUGUGGGACGAUUUCCUGUGGUCCAUGCACUGCACACUUUAAAUGAGGAUAUGUUAGUUCAGAUUUUGACAAAACCACAGAACGCAAUAAUUACUCAGUACAAGAUAUUGUUUGGCAUAGACAAGUGUAAUUUCUCCAUUUCUGAGGAUGCUCUGCAUGCCAUUGCAUGUAAAGCAAUUGAUCGGAAGACGGGAGCAAGAGGACUGAGAUCCAUCAUGGAACAAAUACUGCUUGAACCAAUGUAUGAGAUCCCAAAUUCAAAUAUCAUUAGUGUACACAUAGAUAAGGAUGUUGUUGAUGGUAAGAAGAACCCACAGUAUAUUAGGGCAUCACCAAAUGUGGAUAACAACCUCGAUGAUUAUGACUGGAUGAAAAAGGCUGACACCAACAAAUGAAUAGCCAGUGGAAUAGUAAAUAACAGAAUGCAAAUUGAGAUGGUUUGCACGAUAAACCAAAACAACUAAAGCACGCUCAUUUAUGAUCAAUAAACACGGGAAGUUUA